AUGAUCCUUUUCAAAUCAAUUCAAUUGUCUUUACAUCAUCUACUGUAUCCAAGCAUACUGUUGAUAAGUUUCAUAAUUCUUUCCACGGGACCAAAUUCGGUCUCCUGUCAGUACGAUGAUGUCCGUUGCAAGUGCCUUUGUCCAAUUGCAUCGGUAGUAACAAAUGAAACUAAAUCAACUCGCAAGCUCUACAUCGGCAAUGUUCCUCCGAAUCAAUGCAACUGCGACUUUGUGGUGCUACCCCAGUUGACUGUUGAAGUUCAAGGAAAAGCCAAAGAAUUUUGUCCUCGAUGUGAAUGUAAAUACGAAAGUCGAAACACGGCAAUCAUUCGCUUCUUCGUGAUCUUCAUCAUUGGCAUCAUAUCCUUUUUGGUUGUCUACAUGAUCUUCCUAAGUCUACUCGAUCCUUGGAUUCAUAAACGCUCAAUUCGCAGCAACUACCAACAACAAAUAAAUGAAGAAGUCUCUUUACGUGAGCAAAAUGUUCCAGCUAGCACAAGCGAUCUUGGAUUACAAACGCGUAGACGUUUACCCGCUUCGCCACUUCACGAACCCGAGGAAACAACGCCUAAGGGUGUUUUGAAUCGCGUACAACACACCCAAUCAAAAUGGAAGCGUCAAGUAAAAGAGCAACGAAAGAAUAUUUACGAUGAUCAUUCAAUGCUCAACUAA